AUGGAUGCCUUUAUGCAGAAGAUCACAGAGACAACAACUGGUUCUUUGACUUUGAAAUUGUACAAAGGUUCUAUUACUGUGACCAGUCGUACGAGUCCCUUUAGCCUGUAUAGGCAAGACAUUUCAUCAUUUGAGAGUGGGCAGAUAUAUGAUCAAGCUGAUGCUGCUGGCUUCAUCCGGCUUUAUGGUCUUCCAAUGAGGGUUCGAGCAAUGCUUUAG